GGCUGUCUACGGAUUGGUCGGGCCCGGCGGGGGCGGGCCCGCGCAUGCACUUAAGGAACGGCGCCGCGGCCGAGGCGGGGCAGUGUCAAGAUGUCGGCGGCAGUCCCGGAGCUGAAGCAGAUCAGCCGGGUGGAGGCUAUGCGCCUGGGGCCGGGCUGGAGCCACUCGUGCCACGCCAUGCUGUACGCCGCCAACCCCGGGCAGCUCUUCGGCCGCAUCCCUAUGCGCUUCUCGGUGCUGAUGCAGAUGCGCUUCGACGGGCUGCUGGGUUUUCCCGGGGGCUUCGUGGACCGGCGGUUUUGGUCUCUGGAGGACGGUCUGAACCGGGUACUGGGCCUGGGCCUGGGCUGCCUGCGCCUCACGGAGGCCGACUACCUGAGCUCGCACCUGACCGAGGGCCCGCACCGCGUCGUGGCGCAUCUGUACGCACGGCAACUGACGCUGGAGCAGCUGCACGCCGUGGAAAUCAGCGCGGUGCAUUCGCGCGAUCACGGCCUGGAGGUGGGGCCGCCGCCCGGGCCCCGCCCCCCGCCCCGGGGUUUGGCUCUGGCCCCGUGGAAGGCACCGAUGGGUGCUGGGGCUUGUGCGAGUCCCACUUUACACCCAAAAGGACCGAGUCGGUGGCUUUCCCAACUUCCUGAGCAACGCCUUUACCAGCACCGCCAAGUACCAGCUGCUCUUUGCGCUCAAGGUGCUCAACAUGAUGCCGGAAGAGAAGCUGGCUGAGGCUUUGGCAGCUGCCACUGAGAAGCAAAAGAAAGCCCUGGAGAAACUCCUCCCAUCUUCCUCCUGAGCACAGGCUGCAGGCAGCUCCAGGACAUGGCAUGGAAGCACUGGCCAGGUGUACAGAAUGACAACCGCAGAGCCACCACAGACACGAAGGUCACCACUGGCAGUCUCCUAUGGCCCGAUGUCCAGAAGGACACCUCCGUGAAGCUAACAAAGUUUCCACAGCACCUGCUUGGCCUGGUAAGGAAAGCUGUGCUCCGGCCCGGCCUGAGCGCCUGUUCCGCCUUAGAGCCUCGAUGAAGUGGCCAGCACGUGGGGGCAAAGGCACUUCAUUCUGUAAAUAAAAUACCUGUACCUUG